AUUGUUUAUGCAGCUUUUUUUUUUGCCCCAAACUGCCCCAAAUGUGCUCAAACCAAAGAAGUCACAUCUAGCUUUCUCAAGUCUCCCACAAAUCUCCCCAAGAUACAAAAGAUUUUAAAGUUUCCUGCAAAUCAACCAAAAUUGCAGGAACACACAUCAUAUCACAUCGGUUUGGGCAUACUAGAAUGCACUGAUGUAGCUUACUGGGCAGAUGCAAGGUGGUAAAAUUUCCAUGCAGUCAUCCACCUCUGCUGUAAAUACUGUAUUUUCUGGUGUAUAAGACUACUUUAUAAACCAGGAAAAUCUUGUCAAAAGUUGGAGAUCGUCUUACUUGCCGGGGUCAUAGUAUAGGGCAGGUGCUGAAACUUCCAAGCCGGACUAGAGAAUCUGCAGUUGCCACAUAUGAUGGGGGGGGGGGAGCUAAAAAACGGCCACGGCUGCAUACCCAGCAUAUGCUGCAACGGUAUGAAAGCAGCAAGGGUGGCGCUGUACAAGUACAAUAGAAGGAAAUCCACUCACCAGGACUCAUGGAAAUAAGUGACUUAACAUGGUCCCGAUGAUGAGGUGAGGGGGCGCCUUACCAGGAAGUGUAAGUGAAGGGCGGAGCAAGCAGCAGGCGUCUGGGACACCCAGGGUAUGGGAAAAAAAAGAAAGAGUGACACUGUGCCCAGAAAAAACACCUCUUUUACCUGUCUGGCCCUCUAUUGUAUCCUGUUACCGUACCUCCUCUGUCCUUCAGAUCUUGCUCCUGAAGACUGCAGUGAAGCGGUGCAGACACAUAUGUGCGAGAUCUGAGAGGCAGAGAAGGAGGCACGAUUGUGAAAAUGCUGUUUUAAAACUAACCAGAGGAAUCAUCAUUAUUGAUACCAAGGGAGCGCCCAGUCUUCAUAUUGUGGAUUUUUAAAAGAAAAAACAAUGAUAACAGAUCAACAAGAGCAGUUAUUGUCCUAUAAUGGGGAAGUCUUUAUUUUUCAGCUGUUAAAAGAAAAAUCUUCACAGGCUGGCAGUAGCAAAAUAAACACAUUACAUGUCAGACAAAUGACUUUUGACACUGGUACAAAGUUAUUUGUUGAAACAUCCACUGGGUCUUUCAGCAUGAGUGGGGAAGGUGUUGAAAUGAUUGAAUCUUGCUGUGCAUCUUGCUUCAGGACAGGAAUUCUUCAUCCCUAUAUUCUGCUGAAAAAGAAAAAGAAAGGGGGAAUUAAAUAUAUUUUACUCAUCCUUUAUAACUUUAAUAAAUUUAAAGUGGUAUUACACUUUAAAUUGGACUAUGAACUCAAAGAAUCUGUAAAAGUUCUUGAUGGCCCAACAGUUCUUUGGAGCUAUUCAAAACAAUUGUUUUAUAUUUCUCCACAAACUGGCGCUGUUUUAUGUGCCCCUGUUCAGUUUUCUUCCAUCAAAUGGGUGGGGAAGAUUAAGGGCGAGGGUACUGUUGUUCUAGGAACCAGGUCUUCCUAUUUGCCAGGAGGAGGUCAAAGUAUUGCCAAAUCUGAUGCACUCAUCUGGGGAACUGAAUGUUUUGCCUAUGCACUAGAAAAACAGCAAGUUCUGGCAGGUACUGCUUUUCUACCUCAUGCAUAUGGUAGCAUCGUAUCGUGUCUGCACAUUUGCAAAGCUGAGAUGUUAAAGAGCAAGUUCAGGACGCUGAUUGUUGCAGUCACAUGCAAAAGCCAGUUGAUCUUCUUCCAAGAUGGUCUGCCUAAAGACGUUCAGCAACUUCCAUUUGAGAAGCCUUGUUCCAUACAAAUAGCUGAGGUGGAAGGAGACAGCCAGUUAGUUGUUGUGACAUUUGCUUCAGGAGACAUAUGUGCCGUGUGGAAACAUAAUUUUCAGGUUGCUUCCUGCUGGAAAGAUAUGGCAUCAGUACUGGUUGAUGAUUUUGCUGGCAUUGGAACAGAACAAAUCCUUGUUCUUCUAAAGAGUGGUUCCAUUUCAGAAAGUCUGAAUACAUUCCAAAUAACAGAUUUUGGAAAGGUUAAUUACAUGAGUAACAUAAGUGCUAAAGAAGACUCAUCUUCUGUAAAAGACCAACAGAAUUGCUUUCUUACUAUCAAAGCACUUGAAACAAGAUUACAGGCUGGCUUUGCUUCAGUUCAAGAGUUACAGCGCCAUUUACAUCUCAAAGGAAAGGUUCUGAUAGAGAGUUGUAAUGCAUUAAUAGACAUGGUUGAAGAUCGAAAACAUAUUCUUCCAAGUACAGUGAAGGAAGGUCUUGUAUCUCUUUGGGAUGAAACUGAGAAAACGCUUGAAAGUGACACAUCAACUCCAUCUGCAGCCCAAGAACAAUUUGUGGAGAAGGUUUGGUUCCGUGUAGCAGAGGACAAUCUAGUAGUUGCAGUAAAAUUAAUGGAAGCAUUUGACUUGCAGCUCGGUGAUGUCAGCUUGUCUUUGAUAAUGCAUCAGAAAUGUCCUUCAGUUUCUCCAGUGAGGUGCCAGUCUAAUGUUGUUAUACUGAAGAAAGCUAUGCUGGCAGAACAUGCAUCAUGUUGGCAACUAGAGCCAUGUCCUAAAAGGGUCAAGUUAGAUUGCCAUAAUGGAAAUGAAUACAAUGGAGGACCUUUUCAAGCGAAGGCAGAUAGGACAAAAGUCUUUACUGCAGUUACCCAGCUCUCUCCUUUCUUGGCAUGGCAUCAAGUACAUUGUAUGGUGCUGCUGCGUGCAAAGAAGAAAAAUUUCAAAGACGGAAAUCCACAGGAAAACCAAAGACUGAGUUUAAUAUGUGGUACUAUCUUAUUAAAUCUGGUAGAGAUUUCUUCUGGAAAAUAUUCAAUAAAUCUGAAAGAGACAGGCUCCAUGCAAGAUCUUGUUGCACUUUGUGCAGUAUCACACAAACGGUCAUUUCAAAUAACUUCUACAGACUGUACACUGAAUCCCAUAAAUACGUGGCUACAGGAACAAAUGCAGUGUACACCAGUCAAGGAGUUUCCUGAAUAUGUGACCUGUUGUAAGUUUGGAAAUUUGAAUGGCACGCUCUUCAGGUGGAAUCAAAGAACACCAUUUGAUGGGAUUUUAACAGUAUUUUGCAGGCAUCCAGCUGCCCUGCUCCAUUGUCUUCAUAAUUUUAUUGAAUUUUUACCAUCAACUUGCAAGAUAAAGCACCUAAGGCCAGGCAGCAAGAAGGGACUUGCUGAACAGCUUGCCUUAACUUUAGUAAAAGAAGUGGUCACUCUCCAACAUCCUUUCCCUUCAACUCUGGACUUCACUGAAAACCACAUGUCUCCAAAUUACGAGGAAAACAAAGGAACAAACAGUAUCAUUACAGUACAGCACUUCAAAGAGGCAUUCAGAAAGGAGCAAGAGCAAAGUAUGCUGUGCAUGAACCAAAGAGUGAGUGGAGCCUCAUAUAGAGGACUUAUCUUGAAAGUAUUUGAAUCACAGCUGAAAUCUGACAUGAUUUCAUGUCAAUGCUCUUUACUCAUCUGACUUUAUUUUGAAUUUUCUUUGAGUCAAAACUACAAUGUUAUACACUCUGUAUGCAUUUUUUGUUUUCAUUCAAAUAAAACUUUUGUAACUGC